UUGUCUGUGCAAAUUUACCCACACUUUAUUCUCCUAUCUCUGCAGCGUUCACCGGGGUUUUGGAUCUCUAUCAUGACUUGACAGAGCAGCGGAGUUGCAGGAAUCAAGAGAAAAGGGGACGAAGACAGAGAGGCAGAGAAUCCACCGGUCUGAUGCUGCGAACUAAAUGGUGAAAUCAAAUUAAUUUGGGAAGAUCUGAUUUUUGCAAACUUGGGCCACGCCCAUGUGACAACACGUGGAACAUGGCGACUGAAAAUUUUGCAGAAUUCUUGAACAAACUCAAGGAAAUGCACGAGACGGAAGUCCAAGGGCUGCAAACAAAACUGAAUGAGCUAACCAAUGAGAAAUGUCGAGACGCCCAGAGAAUAGAAGAGCUCUUUGCCAAAAACCACCAGCUACGGGAACAGCAGAAGGUCCUCAAAGACAAUGUGAAGGUGUUGGAAAACAGGUUACGAGCCGGCCUGUGUGACAGAUGCCAAGUGACUCAAGAACUCGCAAAGAAGAAGCAGCAUGAAUUUGGGAAGGCCCAUUUCCAGAGCCUCCAACACAUCUUCAUCCUCACCAAUGAACUGAAUAAGAUGAGAGAAGAGAACAAGAAACUGAAGGAAGAGCUGAAGCGUUUCUGCAGUAUGGAGGGCAGGACAAAGCCACCGAGGGCUUUAUCCAGAGACAGGAGCUCCACCCCAGACUCGCCUUUGCCUUUACUGUCCACACGGAUCAGAAAAUCCAGCCCUGAGAAAACUGCUAGUCACGACUCAGAAGAUGCACGUAGUGAGCCGCUCAGCCAUCCACUGGGAGAAGAUCGGUCCCCAAGUCAUAGAAAUUCUCCAGGUAUCAGGAUGUCUCCUAACACAAUUUUCCAGGGAGAACACAUUGCAGAGAUGACUUCUCAGAAGAUAGCCAACCAGCUGCACGGAUCAAUUGCUUUAGUGAGUCCCAGUUUGAGGGCCACCUCUCAGGAAAGGGAAGGUGCCGGGAAUACAAGCCCGCCCCUUCAGAGCAAAACGCCGCCCUCCCCUCAGCCAGCUCGAAGUCCCAGCUUCGAAGCUUACUCAAGAGCAAGCAAAGCCGACGGCCGUGAAACUGCAUCAUCCUAUGAAACCCUGAAGCUUGCCAGGAAAGAGCAACUUUGCUUCCUCAACGAACACUUUGCCUUCCGCCAUCUUGGUCUUCGGAAAAAUCCCGGAAGCCGGGACAGCACUUUCCCUCACCACUUGUUCACAGCCAGGGAAGGGGGAGGCAAAACGCGGCCCCAGUAUGAGUGGGAAGACCAGGCCUCCAUUUUGGAUCUCCCCGGCACCAUGGUGUACAUGAAGGACUCCCAUUUGGAGAACAGACUCCCGUUUCUUCAGCACCCAGAGAAGCUCCAGUAUCUACUGGCGCAACAAGAGCUGAAGGCCAGAAUGGAAGUCAGCUUCAACCCCUCCCAAAACAGAUCCCCCUCUCCGUUGCUGACACCGGACAAGGAAUGCAAAAAGGAAAAACUAUCUUGGGAAGAUCCUGCUGAUGGGGUGAGAGGGAAAUGGAUCUGGAUUAACAGGGAAGACCUGGAACACACAGAGAAGGCAGAGACUGUGAGGGAGUAUCUCACUGAAGCACCUCUGGACCUAUCAGAUUACGGCAGAGGCAGGGAGAACCUGAAAGUCAGUAGCUGGCAACAGCCCUGCAUGAAACGUGAGGCUGAGAGUCCCAGUCAAGAGCUGAGGGGAAGCCCCGUUCCACAGAAAGCGUGCUCCUUCAGCCAGCUCCAAGCAGCUAGACAUCUCCAGGAGAGCACCGAGCCAGAGAAGCUCAUUAUCAAAACCCAAGAGGCUAUAGCAGCAUCUUUGAUCUCUACGGUACAAGAACAUCCCAUUGACAAGACAGUUGCAAGCGAUACAGAUGCUGAUCUAGAGGAAAAGAUGCCUUUUAGCGCACAGAAGCAAGAAACGGAUGAACCAGCCUGUAAGAAAUCAGUCAGAGGCCGAAGGAAUGGCAAAGAUUCCCCGGUUCCAGGCAAUGCUCAAGAAGCGAUGCAGGAGACUAAAAAUCAGAGCCCUGCUUCCAGCCACAAUGAGGACGUUGGGGAGACAUAG